CAAACCCGGAAGACGCGCUCUGGCUCCCGGGAGUGUGUGCCGGCCCGGUCCGGCCAUGCACACCCUGGAGGUAGGUCUGGUUCCCGCUCCAGCGAGGGAGCCGAGACUGACCUGCUGGCUGCGGAGAGGCAGUGCGAUCUUGGCACACCUGGUAGCUUUGGGCUUCACCAUCUUUCUGACUGUGCUGUCCCGGCCGGGAACCAGUCUUUUCUCCUGGCACCCUGUAUUCAUGGCCUUGGCGUUCUGCAUCUGCAUGGCCGAGGCCAUCCUGCUCUUCUCACCUGAGCACUCUCUGUUCUUCUGCUCCCGAAAGGCCCGGAUCGGACUCCACUGGGUGGGGCAAACCCUAGCCAUCCUCUGUGCAGCCCUGGGCUUGGGCUUCAUCAUCGCCAGCAGGACCCGCAGUGAACUGCCCCACCUGGUAUCCUGGCACAGCUGGGUAGGGGCUCUGACACUGCUGGCCACUGGGGGCCAGGCACUGUGUGGGCUCUGCCUCCUCUUUCCUCGGGCAGCCGGGGUCUCAAGGGUGGCUCGCCUCAAACUCUACCAUCUGACAUGUGGACUGGUGGUCUACCUGAUGGCUACAGUAACGGUGCUCCUGGGUAUGUACUCCGUGUGGUUCCAGGCCCAGAUCAAAGGUGCAGCCUGGUACCUGUGCCUGGUGCUGCCCCUCUAUCCAGCCCUGGUGAUCAUGCACCAAAUCUCCAGCUCCUACUUGCCACGGAAGAAAACGGAAAUGUGAUUCCCUCCGAACUCUGAAUCUAGAUGCACACUUGCCUUGGACUUCAAUGGUUUCUUUGGUGACCUUCAAGGGCUCCACUUCCAAAGGGGUAGGGUUUUUAUACUUUUAGCUGGGCCUGGGGCUGUAUAAACCCACUGCUACUGACGAUGGAUGACUCAGUGGACCGAAAUGGGGAAAUGUACUGGGAGCAAGUAAAAGGUGAUGGGGAGCUUGAUCCUGAAGCCUCCACUCUAAAUGGGAGACAGAAGGGUUGGGCACUGGUGGUGAUGGUAGUAUAGUCAUUUCUUGGAUACAUGCCUGAUGAAGGGUUGGGUUCCUGUAACUUAUGAAUGGCAGCUGUGGUUCUUUGAGUCAUUUUUGAGAAAGCAGUAUGGUAUUAAUGGACAGAGCCCAUGGGUCUUAUUUGUGGGUUUUGGUCCCAUAGGAUCUAUUGUGUGACCUUAGGCAAGUCACAUGUCUCAGGACCUCGAUUGCUUUAUCUGUGUAAUGAGCGUUUCUAAAUGAUCUCUAACAUUCAGUGUCUGUCAGGUUGAUGUCACAGAACACUCUUCCAGUGCUGGAGCAUGGGCUGGACCACUCAGAAGACUCAGGAUGUAAUUCUUACAUUCAUUAUCCCCUUACCACUCUGGAGGAACAGGUCUGCCCUCAUGGCCUGUCAGGAAUCUCUGCUGACUUGGCCCCAGACCAGGGCACAAAGCGUCAGGCACUGUGAAGGGAAGGGACUCAAGUGAGAGUCCCCUGAACUCCAAGACAGUAAAGGCACUAAAGUCACUUUAAAGUUCUGGGAGAGCAGAAGGGCAUUGGCUUACCUAAGCCUUUGGCUCCUGGCUGGGCUGCUUGGCUCAGUUAAGAUCUUUCUCAACUCACCUCAGGAUCUGGGUUUUGAGGGCCACAGGACAGGGGUAUGCUUCUUCCCCUGACAUCCAUUCUUGGUGGCAAAGUAGUCCUGAGCACCUCGUUUGCCUUCUUGGGCUCAGGUUCUUGCCUUAGGAUGUAGCUUUGUGGAGCUAUCCCAAAGCUUUUAGAACAAAGUAAGAGCCCAGAAAGCAGGGCAGAGCUCUUCUAAUCCAGCGAAGAUCCCGCUUUCUCAUCACGAAGCUUUCCUCACUGUUGUCUCUUGCCAGCUCUUUGGCCCAAUAGGGGGACUGAGUUUGGUGCCAGCUGGCAAAUGAGGGCCAGGCCCUUUUCCCCGCAGAGACCCCUCCUUGUUCGAAACUGAAAGCAGUUCCCCAGACUGCCCUCAGCGAUGAGGGCUGGAUGCCAGGCUGGUUAACUGUGAUCUGUCUCAGUUGGAGCAGUGGGAUCCCCAUAGAUCAUGGCAAGGACUGAAGGUGGCUGAACCAGGAGAGCUGGUGUUGAGGCAGGUGAUAACAGCUCACGGGCCUCUGGGAGGCCUGAGGUGUUGGGGCUAGAGGUCCAGGUCCUGGGACCAGGGGGCGGUGUUCCUAGAUGGCAGCAUUUAGGAAGUCCCAGGUCUUUUGAAGAUUCAAGACCUCCUCUCUGGGUGGCUUAGAAGCAAGGAUUUGGUAUGAUUCAGAAAUACAGGAGUGAGACGACAAGGGCAGAAGCAUCCCCUGAGUGGACUCACUGGGCUCCUCCUGGGUCCAAUGGCAUCUCCCAGGAGCUCUCUAGACCCUGCUCAUCUGAAGAAGGCCCUGCAGUGUGGAGUCUCAUCUGGGGUCACUUUGAUCAGGCAUGCCAUCUCCUCUGCACCUGUUACAACCAGUGCUGGGAAUCUCACCCUGUCUGCAGCGGGGAAAGAGGGCUGGGUAAGGUCCCCCAGCUUGCUAUAAGAACCAAGCAGGCGA